AUGGCGUCAACUCACCGGCCUGCGUUCCAGGACGAGCCUAUACCCAGCUACCCGGACCUACCAGGAAAAGUCGCCAUCGUGACGGGGAUCGGACAGUACGGGGAUCCCUCGGUCGAGGACAACUGGGGCAACGGCGCCGCGGCGGCGUUUGGCCUCGCGCGCUCGGGCGUCAAGGUCUUCGGGUGUGACCUGGACCUGGACGCGGCGGAGCGGACCAAGCGGCGGAUCUUAAAGCACGUCCCCGACGCAGUGGUGGACGUGACGGUGGCGGACGCGACCAAGGCGUCGUCGGUGGAGGCGUUUGUCGGGACUGUGAUGCAACGCCACGGCCGCAUUGACGUCCUCGUCAACAACGUGGGCGGCGCCCACCGGGGCGGACCGGCCGAUAUGCCCGAGGAAGUAUGGGACCAGGAGUUCAACGUCAAUCUGAAGAGCGUGUACAUGAUGUGCCACUUUGUACUACCCGUCAUGGAAUCCCAGCGAUCCGGAUCCGUCAUCAACAUCGGCAGCAUCGCCGGCUUGAGGUAUAUCGGGAAGCCACAAGUCGCCUAUGCGGCCGCGAAGGCCGGGGUGCAUAUGUUCACCAAGCAUACGGGCGUGCUCUACGCCGACAAGGGGGUGCGCGUCAACGUCGUCGUCCCCGGUCUCAUCUUCACGCCCCUGGUCGCGCGUAUCGCAGACUACUACGGCGGCGAUUACGAGGCGUUUGUCAAGGCACGCCACGCUCAGGUGCCCACGGGGGAGAUGGGCACUAGCACCGAUGUCGCCAACGCGAUUCUCUUCCUCGCCAGCAACGUCGCCUCGCGCCACAUGACCGGUCAGGAGCUGGUGAUUGAUGGCGCCAUGACUUCCAGCACGGGCAGCGUCACGAGCGGUAUGGCGGAGAAAUAG